GACACCACAUCCGGUCCUCCACUUAAAUGAGUCCCCAACUUGUUUCCCGCUUGAAUGAAGCGUCUGCAUAUGCUUGCAGCGACUUUAGUCCGAACCAAAUAUUUCCUUAAUCCGAACCACAGUGCUCCCUUUGCCGCUAACUUGCUGACAUAUCACGACAGUUGCCAGCGUGUAACAUUCCACUUGGACGCCACGGGAAGACGGCGGCACAUGUCGAGUGAAGCCAAGAAGCUGCGCGCUGAAGAAACAAUCAUGGACACAAAGAAGAAGAUCGGAACCCACAAUGGAACUUUCCACUGCGACGAGGUCCUGGCUUGCUUCUUCCUGCGUCAGUUAGCUCAAUAUAAGGAUGCAGAGAUUGUACGGACCAGGGACCCCACACUGCUGGCGGACUGUGACAUCGUUGUAGAUGUGGGAGGAGUGUUUGACCCAAAGAGGCAUCGCUAUGAUCACCAUCAGAGAACGUUUGCAGAGACGUUCCACAGCCUGUGUCCAGAUAAGCCUUGGGUCACCAAGCUCAGCUCGGCUGGCCUGGUCUACUUCCACUUUGGUCGUCAGCUACUGGCCCAGCUGACGCAGUUGAAGGAGGACGAUAAGCAGCUGGAGGUCCUCUACGACAAACUCUACGAGAACUUUGUGGAGGAGGUGGAUGCCGUAGACAACGGCAUUUCACAGCAUGACAGUGAGGCGCGCUAUGCCAUCUCCACCAUGCUGAGCGCACGUGUCGGCUACCUGAAUCCACGCUGGAACAGCCAGAGCCAGGACACUGAGGAGGGGUUCAAAAAGGCUAUGACAAUGGUUGGGCAGGAGUUUCUGGACCGUUUGGAUUUCUACAAGUUGUCAUGGUUGCCAGCGCGCCAGGUAGUGGAAGAGGCUGUCAGCGAGCGACAUAAGGUAGAUCCCAGCGGGGAGGUGCUGGUAUUCUCUCAGGGUGGAUGUCCCUGGAAGGAGCAUCUGUUCGCCCUUGAAAAAGAGCUCCAGGUAGAGACUCCCAUCAAAUUUGUGCUAUACCCCGACCAGAAUGGACAGUGGAGGAUCCAGUGUGUCCCAGCGGGCCUCAACACUUUCCAGAACAGGCUGUCCCUGCUGGAGGAGUGGCGGGGCAUCCGUGACCAAGACCUGUCAGAGCUCAGUGGCAUUGAGGGCUGCAUCUUUGUCCAUGCCUCUGGCUUCAUUGGCGGGAACAGGACGCGGGAAGGAGCCCUGGAGAUGGCCCGGAGGACCCUGCAGGCCGCUGCACAGUCGCCUGCCAACGGCGACUCUUGACCAAAAAGAAAGUUGGUUUGUUAGCAGAAGUGCAAACGAUACGAGGAAACAAUUACAAAAGUGGAAAUCUAAGUAAUUAAAUAUUUAAACCAGGGGUGUCAAACGUACGGCUGAACAAGUUCUAUCCGGACCGCGGGAUGAGUUGGCUAAGUAAAAAAAUGUGCCAAAAUUUUUGAAUGAAAGAAACUGCUGCUCUAAAUGUGUCCACUAGAUGUCGCAAUAGCAAUUUUUUGUAUCUCUGUAGAUACAAAAAAAUGAGCAAACCACAUGAAUGACAUCCUGUAAUUUGAUUUUGAUAUGAUUUUAUCUUGAUUGAUUGAAAAUUAACACCAAUGAGUUAUAAAUAACGACAAAUAAAGAGAGAAUACUAUUAACCGCAACAUGUAAGUGUAAAAAAAACCCCCCACAACAUUAUGGUUUGUACAUUUUCAGAAUGUGCUCGUUCUAUUUUUAAACAAAGAAAACAAUCGGAAGUUGUCUCUAUUUUUAAGUUAUCGUGCCGUAAUUUUACUAAUCCGGCCCACUUGGGAGUUCAUUUUUCUCACUGUGGCCCCCCCAGCUAAAAUGAGUUUGACACCCCUGCUCUAAACUCUAUCAAAGGUGAUAAUUGGAAACACAUGUAAAAUACAUUUCUAUGUUAGACCUCUUUGCCCAUUGAAAGUAAUAAUGUAUACGGAAUUAUAUAGAAAUAAGCUAAAUCUAAAACUAAAAAAAUUCUCAAUCGAUUUUAGAUUUCCAGUUUUUUCUCAUUUGCCAAUUAGUUAAAAUUCCGCCUUUAGAAAGACUAUAAAUCACCUGAUAAUUGAUGCUGUCAGCGAUGCAUACAAUUACAAUAAUGUAAUUUAAAUGUUUUUCUAAUGAUUUGUUCUUCUAUAGUAGUCAAAAUAUUAGUCUUUUUUUUUUUCUUUUUAAAGAAGUGACGUUUAACACCUCAACCCCAUUACUGAAAGACUACAAUGUAGACCAUCGCUUCAGUAAAAAGUCCUUAAAAGAUAUUCACUGUCCCACAAGUUCCUGCAUUUACAAAAUAUAAGGAAAAUGUGAGGGAAAAAAAAGCUAUUGAGGUAACUUGUGGUUCAUCACAAAAGCUUGUUGCGAUAACCAUUAAAACACACUUAGAGCAGAUUAUUCAUGCAGUUUAUUUUGAGCGUAUACGUUCUUUUACCUUAACCGCAAUACGGUCAGUGAUCAGAUCAAUGCAUACGUCAGCACAACAAUGAGUGAGGAACCCCUGACUGGUGUACUUGCUGGCAAAUUUCACUCCAAAAUACAGCCUGAACGAACUUAAGAUAAAACGUCUACUAGGUUUUGUGCAAAUAAAUGACAGUACGACGUUUAAAAAGGUUCCCGGGUGGUAUUCUGAAAAGAAAUUGCAUGUCUACAAAUGUUUUUUUUAUUCUAAAGUAAAUAAUAAUAACCUGUGAUUAAUCAUGAUUAAUCCGAAUUCAAAAAUGUGAUUAACCUGAGUAAGAAAUUAUCAUUUGGCAGCCCUAACAACACAAAAUAAACAAAUCUCUGCUCCCCUGCUAUCAUUUCUAGUAACUUUGUUGCACUUGAGAUACAUUUGCUCUCCUAACAUUAGUCCUGUAAUUUGGAUAAUUUGAUGGGUUUCCUGUGUUUGCAACAAAAACACGGAAAUUGUGGUGUAAAACCUCACAAAAGUGAACAAAUAAUCUUGGAUCCAUGUCUUGGCUUUCUUCUUUUAACACAAAGCCGUUUUUCUUGAAAUUUGCUUUGUAUAAUUUUACCAGUAAGUCAUGCAAUAUUUGCAAGAAAAAUAAGGACAUAUGAUUUCAGUUAAGUAUUUUUUUUUUAUUUUCAAUAUGCAAAUCAAAUAGUCAAGAUUUAUUUUCUUUUGGCCCGUUUUCCAGUGCUCGACAGUUACCUAACCUAAAAAAAAAAAACAUAUUAGCAGAAUUAAUUUCCUUAUUGUCUUUGAAAAGGUAUGUAUUUGCAUCUCAUUGGAUUAUGCAGGUGUGCACUUUCACUGUUUCCAAUAAAAAAACUUUCUCAUGA